AUGCAGUCGAUGCCCGACACGCGGCAGCAGUCGUUCGAGGAGAUCUACGGCCCGCCCGAGAACUUCCUGGAGAUCGAGGUCAAGCACCCGCGCACACAUGGCAUGGGCCGCAGCAUGUACACGGACUACGAGAUCAUCUGCAAGACCAACAUCCCGGCCUUCAAGCUGCGCCAGUCGACGGUGCGCCGCCGCUACAGCGACUUUGAGUACUUCCGCGACAUUCUCGAGCGCGAGAGCGCCCGCGUCACCAUCCCGCCCCUGCCAGGGAAGGUCUUUACGAACCGCUUCAACGACGAGAUUAUCGAGAAGCGACGCGAGGGCCUGGAGAAGUUCAUGAAGAUCGUGGUGGGCCACCCGCUUCUACAGACGGGCAGCAAGGUGCUGGCAGCUUUUGUGCAGGAUCCGAACUGGGACCGCAAUGCUUGGUGA